CUCAGCCUAACUACGGACUUGCGCCGUCUGUAGCUCGACGUAGCCGUAGCAUCAGUCGUGCUACGCCGGCCGCCCCGAACGCUACGACGUAGCGGAACAUGCCACGCGCUACGAUCUAAUCACAAACGUGGUCAAACUUUUCCUAGGAUAGUAAACUACUGAAGUGGAUUUUGUGUACAUUUUAGGAAUAUGUAGAGUGUAUUUUAGUGUUAAUGUGUGUUUAACAAGUGUGAGUGUACACUUGGGUCUAAUUAUUAUGAUCGUUGGCCGCCGCUGUCCAAUUUGCAGAAACAACAAACGAUGACCUUUUCAUUUUGCAGAUUAUGAAGCCCUGUGGGGGGCAGAGCCUCGGCCUGGCGAUAUGUGGAGUGCGAGCGUGUUCUUCUUCACACAGAUAGUCGUGUGUCAAUUCACUACUGAAACCACGCCAACAUCGACAUCUGAAGAAACCCAAACGGUGACCACAUUCUACGCGCUCAGCACUGGCAUCGUACCAGCUCCAGUGAUGCUAAGGCUCGGAAACUCCACCAUCGACAGCACCAAGUCCUUCAAAGUCCCACAACCAUCCCCAGAAAGUGGUACUUCGAAACCAACGAAAGUAGAAAUGGUACCACAUGUGGUGUCAGUUAAGAAUACAUAUUUUGACCAUGAUAGGAAGUAUGGACCUAGUUUUGAGGAUGCUCCUGAUGGAAAUAUCACUAAGAUUACGGUGCAGUUAGGGGAAGAUGCGCAUUUGAACUGUAGGAUCAGUUUGCUUCAGGAUAAGACGGUCUCAUGGGUCCGUCGUAGAGGCAAAGACGAGAUGCCCGAGUUAUUAACAGUCGGAGCCGUGACCUACGCUCAUGAUAACCGGGUGACGGUGGCACGGAGAUACCCUGGUAACUGGCGGCUGCUCAUCAGGGAGGUGAAGCCGGAUGACGAGGGAGUGUACGAGUGCCAGAUAUCCACACACCCCCCUCGAGUCAGCAGGACUUAUCUUCAUAUUAAUACACCUCAAGUAUGGGUCGUGGACGAGGCUGGUGCCCCUCUUCUGGAGAAGUACUACGAGGCGGAGUCGACCCUCGCACUGCUGUGCAGAGCUCGGCACGUGGAGACGCCGGCGAUGCUCACUUGGCUGCACGAGGGCAGAGCUUUGAAUGCUGACACCACUAGGGGUGGGAUCAGUGUGAAGACGGAACAAGUGCCAGGUGGCGCUGACAGUCAGCUGCGUUUAGCACGUGUAAACAGUAGUGACGCUGGGAACUACACGUGCGCUGUUCGGGGAGCGAGGUCACACACAGUCUCCGUGCACGUGCUUAAUGAAAGCCUAGCUGAACUGCACGCCGGUACCGAGUCACUUCACCCGCCGACGGUGACAACACUAAUCUUACUUCUCACGUUAAUUUACAUAACGGGACAGAAACUGUUGUUUACACCUGUGACUAUUUUCCCAACACUAGCUAAUGUUGAAGUGGCCAAGGGCCAAGUUACCGAACUUUAUAUAUUGUUACCUACGUGAUACGAAACGUCGAGAAACAUGUAAAUAUACGUUUGAUUAUGAAGAUUAAUUAAUAAAUAGUU